CCUCUCUGUUGGCGGCCAUAAUAAACCCCUGUAUGUGAAAUCAGUGGAUGAGAGACGGUUGAGGAACACGGCCGUAACAAUCUAUUUUUCAGUAUCAAGACGCGUUUCUCAUACAUCUAUACAUUUUUUUCUCUCUCGAGAACUGCCAUUAUUUACGUGGAUAUAAUAUUAUGGUGUGAAGAUGGCCUGACGGCCGGGGACGGAAUGUUAAUCUCACCAACGCUUCUCCAAUAUAUCCGCGUUGACCAGUGUCUCUACUCCUGGGACUUGAACAUGGAUAUCGCCGAUGGAGCGGAGGAUCUUUCCUUGGAGGAGAUUUUAUCGUUGUACAGCCAGCCGAUCAACGAAGAGCAGGCAUGGGCUGUUUGUUACCAAUGUUGCAGAACUUUGGCUCGGAAACACCGCAGGAGAAAUUCCCAGACUUCUGGCUCAUCUGUUGGGGAUUUGACGAGAAGGAUUGAAGGACCUGGCGAUGUACGGAUUCUGAGAGAUGGAACAGUUCAAUUGCACCACCAAGACAGCACAGAUAAAUACAGACCUCCCAACACGUCCUUAGAGGUGAUUGAAUCUCUGGGAAUCAUGAUCUACAAGGCAUUGGACUACAGUCUGAAGGAGAGCGAGGAGAGAGAACUCAGUCCGCCUCUGGAGCAACUCAUCGACAUGAUGACCAACAUGGCAGAGAAGGAGAGGGACAGUGACCCCUGCCCUGAUGAAGGUUACGAGGCCACAGAGGAGGAGGAAGACGAGGAAGACCCAAACACUGUCUGUAAUGUAAAAGGAUUCAGAGACAUCAUCAUGCUGUGUACGUCCCACCUGCCCAGCCCCUCUGAUGCCCCUAACCACUACCAGGCUGUGUGUCGGGCGCUCUACGCCGAGACCAGAGAGCUACGCAGCUUCCUGGAGAAGAUCAGGAGUGCCAAAGAGAACCUGCGGCGGAUGGAGGGAGACACUCGAGAGGAGCCAGUCAGAGAUCUCAACGAGCUACAGAACGCUGACUGGGCUAAGUUCUGGAUGCAGGUGAUGGGUGACCUGCGUAACGGGGUCAAGCUGAAGAAGGUCCAGGAGAGACAGUACAGCCCUCUACCUGUAGAGUUCCAGCUCACACCUUACGAGAUGCUGAUGGAUGACAUCCGCUUCAAACGAUACAAACUACGGAACGUCAUGCUAAAUGGAGACAUCCCUCCCAGGUUAAAGAAGAGCGCUCAUGAGGUCAUCCUGGACUUCAUCCGCUCCAGACCACCUCUCAACCCUGUUGCUGCCAGGAAGCUGAAGCCCCACCCUGCGCGGCCGCGAAGUCUCCAUGAGCGCCUCCUCGAGGGCAUCAAACAGGAGAGGAAGCUACGGCCUGUAUCACCUGACAUGACCCGGCGCAAUCACCUGGGAGCAGUCAAAAGCAUCAGCACCCCUCAAGAUCUGAACCGCAGCUCAGACCCGUCCACUCCGGAUGCCCUCAGAAAGCACGCCAGCAGCACCCUGGCCCUGUCCGGUCCACCAGCUCACGGGGUGGGAGGGGCUCUUGGUCAGAGGAAGAGGCUCCUGAAGGCACCCACGCUGGCUGAACUCUACAGUUCAGAGUCUGACGAUGAGCCCAGUCACAGCUCCUCCAGUUGGUCUGUGUUGGACGCCUCGUCUCCGGGAUCUGUCCUGAACGCACCCCCUAGGUUCCUGCCCAUCACCAUGACUCCCCAGCCUGACAGUCGCCCCUCCCCUCAGAGGAGACACUCCAUUGAGAAGGAGCCCCCCACCAGCGUACGACCCUUCACAGCCCCCACCAGACAGAGCUCCAAGUCUCUGGUGGAAAACCCCGCCCCCAGCAGUGGUGCUAAGGUGGAGGACUUCUGCUACCCUGUAGAGUGUCUGGCUCUAACAGUAGAAGAGGUGAUGCACAUCAGACAGGUUCUGGUCAAAGCUGAGCUGGAGAAGUUCCAACAGUACAAAGACGUUUACAACGAACUGAGGAAAGGAAAGCUGUGUUUCUCCUGUCAGACUAAAAGGUUCUCCUUUUUCACCUGGUCCUACACCUGCCAGUUCUGCAAAAGGCCUGUAUGCUCGCAGUGCUGCAAAAAGAUGAGACUUCCCUCUAAGCCGUAUGCCAACCUGCCCGUCUCCUCUCUGGGUCCUACUGCCACUCUACCCAGGGAGGAGGCUGGAGGGACAUCAGCCUUGGACACCCCAGAGAAGCCCUCGUCCAGCCACAGUCUGCGCCGGACUGUCUCCAGGUUAUCUGAAUACAACAGCAGUGAGGGGUCUCGUGACGAGCCGGAGCUGGAUCUUCCCAAAGAGCUGACCGACGACUGGUGUACCAUGGAGGUCUGCAUCAACUGUAAGAAGUUCAUCUCUGAGAUAAUCUCCAGCAGCAAGCGCUCUCUAACCCUGGCCACCAAGCGAGCCUGUCUGAAGAGGAAGACCCAGUCCUUCUACUUGUCUUCACCUAACACAGACGAUUACAGACCCUCUGAGAGGACCAUCAACCAGGUUUAGACUACAGAUGCUCUGAGAGGACCAUCAACCAGGUUUAGACUACAGAUGCUCUGAGAGGACCAUCAACCAGAUUUAGUUUUAGGGUUAGACCUCUCGCUCUCUCGUCCGCUCCUUGGGGGACCCUGUUCCAUAGAUAGUGCACUACAUUUGACCAUGGACCCUGGUAGUGCACUACAUCAGAGUUCAUGUUACUGUGUGGAGUAUUUAGCAUGACUCACAGUACUCUGGGCCCUGGCUGUCACAGUACUCUUGGCCCUGUCUGUCACAGUACUCUGGGCCCUGUCUGUCACAGUACUCUGGACCCUGGCUGUCACGGUACUCUGGGCCCUGGCUGUCACGGUACUCUGGACCCUGUCUGUCACAGUACUCUGGACCCUGUCUGUCACAGUACUCUGGACCCUGUCUGUCACAGUACUCUGGACCCUGUCUGUCACAGUACUCUGGACCCUGUCUGUCACAGUACUCUGGACCCUGUCUGUCACAGUACUCUGUGGACCCUGGCUGUCACAGUACUCUGUGGACCCUGGCUGUCACAGUACUCUGGACCCUGUCUGUCACAGUACUCUGGACCCUGUCUGUCACAGUACUCUGGACCCUGGCUGUCACAGUACUCUGUGGACCCUGGUCUAAAGUAGAAUAGGGAAUAGGGUGCCCUUUGACACGCUAUCAUAAUGUCUCAGCUCUGUGCUGCUCAUCACUGUGUAAUAAUGAUAGAGAUGGCCAUUGUAGAAGACGUGUUAGUAUAUACUACCUACCUGUAGUGGUUCUAGACAGAUGGUCAGUGUGUUAGUAUAUACUACCUACCUGUAGUGGUUCUAGACAGAUGGUCAGUGUGUUAGUAUAUACUACCUACCUGUAGUGGUUCUAGACAGAUGGUCAGUGUGUUAGUAUAUACUACCUACCUGUAGUGGUUCUAGACAGAUGGUCAGUGUGUUAGUAUAUACUACCUACCUGUAGUGGUUCUAGACAGAUGGUCAGUGUGUUAGUAUAUACUACCUACCUGUAGUGGUUCUAGACAGAUGGUCAGUGUGUUAGUAUAUACUACCUACCUGUAAUGGUUCUAGACAGAUGGUCAGUGUGUUAGUAUAUACUACCUACCUGUAGUGGUUCUAGACAGAUGGUCAGUGUGUUAGUAUAUACUACCUACCUGUAAUGGUUCUAGACAGAUGGUCAGUCCAAGAGUAGUGGAAUAGACCGUUUGGAUUUGUUGUUCUACUGAUGGACACACUGUCUCCAGAUUGACAACAGAACUAAACAAGGUUGUAUUCAUUCCACCUGCUUGUUUAAUGAUCUGAAUUCCUCUGUCUCUCUUUUACUACCCUGUAAUGUAAUGUAGGUCCCUUUUAAGAAGUGGUGAUGAAGAGGCACCCUAAAUGGUGUAACGCCUAACUCGGCAUGGGUUCUCGUCCCCUAACCCCUAGUCUCAGGAACCAUUGGGUUAGGGUUAGGGUUGGGGUUAGGGUUAGGGUUAGGGUUAGGGGUUAGGGGUUAGUGUAUUGAUACAGAUGUGGAUGGACGACUAGCUAGCCCCUGACAGAACAACUCCCUCACUGAACUGUCUACCACAGUAUAGAUGAGCUACUAGAGUACUGAACCAUUACUUAUUCUCAUGUUAUGUGAAUAAUAUUUAGAGGUGUUGAAGGAACAAUCAGGCAGAUGCUGAGAUCACCGAGGUGGAGCCAAGAUGAUAUAUAUUUAACAGUAGUGUGGUCGGUCGGUGAGACCUCUAGUCCCCGUCCAGAGAUAAGAUGUUAAUUAACAAACGACUAGUUUCUGUUACUCUCAGGAAGAACAGGCCCUUCGGCUGCGUCCCAGGCACCCUAUUCCCUACAUAGUGCACUACCAUUUGGGACAAAGGCCGUGUCUAACAGGCAAUGCACUAUAGAGCCAUCAGUCAGGUCUUAACAAGCUAAUUUCCAGUUUCCAUAGAAAUAAAAUGCCUAUGUUAGUCUCUGCCACUCCCCAGCCAAUAAAAUUAAACCAAAUGACAUGCCUAUGUUAGUCUCUGCCACUCCCCAGCCAAUAAAAUUAAACCAAAUGACAUGCCUAUGUUAGUCUCUGCCACUCCCCAGCCAAUAAAAUUAAACCAAAUGACAUGCCUAAGGUAGUCUCUGCCACUCCCCAGCCAAUAAAAUUAAACCAAAUGACAUGCCUAUGGUAGUCUCUGCCACUCCCCAGCCCCAGCCAAUAAAAUUAAACCAAAUGACAUGCCUAUGGUAGUCUCUGCCACUCCCCAGCCCCAGCCAAUAAAAUUAAACCAAAUGACAUGCCUAUGGUAGUCUCUGCCACUCCCCAGCCCCAGCCAAUAAAAUUAAACCAAAUGACAUGCCUAUGUUAGUCUCUGCCACUCCCCAGCCAAUAAAAUUAAACCAAAUGACAUGCCUAUGUUAGUCUCUGCCACUCCCCAGCCAAUAAAAUUAAACCAAAUGACAUGCCUAUGUUAGUCUCUGCCACUCCCCAGCCCUAGCCAAUUUUUUUUUUUUCUCCCAAUAAAUUUGUCCCAGCUGCAGAUCUAAUUGGCCGGGAAACAGGAAGUGUUCAUAGGUUAAAUGAUUGGGUGGGUUUACUAUGAUGUAUUAUUUUUUUCUGAGCCUGGUGCCAAACUAAAUUCCCCUCCUGUCUGAAUGCCAGGUCAUUCUAUGGACCUGUAGUACUUGGUGAGGAAGGUGAUAUGGGAGAUUCUAGAAACAGAAUCUGUUGUUUUUACAAGUUUUAGCUGACCAAUAGGAUCUCAGAAUGGUGGGAUAUGAUUGUGUACAUCAGUGGAGUCUGCUGAGGGGAUGACGGCUCAUAAUAAUGGAUCCAACCACAUGGAAACCAGCCAUUACCACGAGCCCGUCCUCAUGUAGUCUACAUGCAGGAUCCAAAAUGUAUUAUACCUGAUGUUUUUCCAUUAAUAUUAUCUUAAAGAUGUCUUUUUGUUUUAUUUGUAAUAUUGGAUUGUCAUCUCCUGUUGGGAUCAGACCAGAUCAGAUAGAUGGGCCUCCGAGGCCAGAUCAGAUAGAUGGGCCUCCUAGACCAGAUCAGAUAGAUGGGCCUCCGAGGCCAGAUCAGAUAGAUGGUCCUCCGAGGCCAGAUCAGAUAGAUGGGCCUCCUAGACCAGAUCAGAUAGAUGGGCCUCCGAGGCCAGAUCAGAUAGAUGGGCCUCCGAGGCCAGAUCAGAUAGAUGGGCCUCCUAGACCAGAUCAGAUAGAUGGGCCUCCUAGACCAGAUCAGAUAGAUGGGCCUCCUAGACCAGAUCAGAUAGAUGGGCCUCCGAGGCCAGAUCAGAUAGAUGGGCCUCCGAGGCCAGAUCAGAUAGAUGGGCCUCCGAGGCCAGAUCAGAUAGAUGGGCCUCCGAGGCCAGAUCAGAUAGAUGGGCCUCCGAGGCCAGAUCAGAUAGAUGGGCCUCCGAGGCCAGAUCAGAUAGAUGGGCCUCCGAGGCCAGAUCAGAUAGAUGGGCCUCCGAGGCCAGAUCAGAUAGAUGGGCCUCCGAGGCCAGAUCAGAUAGAUGGGCCUCCGAGGCCAGAUCAGAUAGAUGGGUCUCCUUGACCAGAUCAGAUAGAUGGGCCUUCUAGACCAGAUCAGAUAGAUGGGCCUCCGAGACCAGAUCAGAUAGAUGGGCCUUCUAGACCAGAUCAGAUAGAUGGGCCUCCUAGACCAGAUCAGAUAGAUGGGCCUCCUAGACCAGAUCAGAUAGAUGGGCCUCCUAGACCAGAUCAGAUAGAUGGGCCUCCUAGACCAGAUCAGAUAGAUGGGCCUCCUAGACCAGAUCAGAUAGAUGGGCCUCCUAGACCAGAUCAGAUAGAUGGGCCUCCUAGACCAGAUCAGAUAGAUGGGCCUCCUAGACCAGAUCAGAUAGAUGGGCCUCCUAGACCAGAUCAGAUAGAUGGGCCUCCUAGACCAGAUCAGAUAGAUGGGCCUCCUAGACCAGAUCAGAUAGAUGGGCCUCCUAGACCAGAUCAGAUAGAUGGGCCUCCUAGACCAGAUCAGAUAGAUGGGCCUCCUAGACCAGAUCAGAUAGAUGGGCAUCCGAGACCAGAUCAGAUAGAUGGGCCUCCGAGACCAGUCAGGUCUGAAUCAGACCAGGUAGAUGGACCUCUGAGAUCAGACCAGAUAGAUGGACCUCCGAGAUCAGACCAGAUAGAUAGAUGGACCUCCGAGAUCAGACCAGAUAGAUCAGACCAGAUAGAUGGACCUCUGAGAUCAGACCAGAUAGAUGGACCUCUGAGAUCAGACCAGAUAGAUGGACCUCUGAGAUCAGACCAGAUAGAUGGACCUCCAAGAUCAGACCAGGUAGUCCUUCUAGACCAAUCAGGUCUGAAUAGCACUUUUACUGGACCAAUGUAUUAUUGUUUUGAAGUUCAUUCUCUUUAUUAAUUUAAUUUCUUAAUCUUUUGUUUGUUUCAUCUUAUGAAGUCAGUGUGGUGAGAUGGUAUCCUAGGGUUAAUGGUGAUGGUAUCCUAGGGUUAAUGGUGAUGGUAUCCUGGGGUUAAUGGUGAUGGUAUCCUAGGGUUAAUGGUGAUGGUAUCCUAGGGUUAAUGGUGAUGGUAUCCUAGGGUUAAUGGUGAUGGUAUCCUAGGGUUAAUGGUGAUGGUAUCCUAGGGUUAAUGGUGAUGGUAUCCUAGGGUUAAUGGUGACUGUACCCUGGGGUUAAUGGUGACGGUAUCCUAGGGUUAAUGGUGACGGUAUCCUGGGGUUAAUGGUGACGGUAUCCUAGGGUUAAUGGUAUCCUAGGGUUAAUGGUAUCCUGGGGUUAAUGGUAUCCUGGGGUUAAUGGUAUCCUAGGGUUAAUGGUAUACUAGGGUUAAUGGUGAUGGUAUCCUAGGGUUAAUGGUAUCCUAGGGUUAAUGGUGAUGGUAUCCUAGGGUUAAUGGUAUCCUAGGGCUAAUGGUAUCCUAGGGUUAAUGGUGAUGGUAUCCUAGGGUUAAUGGUAUCCUAGGGUUAAUGGUAUCCUAGGGUUAAUGGUAUCCUAGGGUUAAUGGUGAUGGUAUCCUAGGGUUAAUGGUGAUGGUAUCCUAGGGUUAAUGGUAUCCUGGGGUUAAUGGUGAUGGUAUCCUAGGGUUAAUGGUGAUGGUAUCUUGGGCUUAAUGGUGAUGGUAUCCUAGGGUUAAUGGUGAUGGUAUCCUAGGGUUAAUGGUGAUGGUAUCCUAGGGUUAAUGGUGAUGGUAUCCUGGGGUUAAUGGUGAUGGUAUCCUGGGGUUAAUGGUGAUGGUAUCCUAGGGUUAAUGGUGAUGGUAUCCUAGGGUUAAUGGUGAUGGUAUCCUAGGGUUAAUGGUAUCCUGGGGUUAAUGGUGAUGGUAUCCUGGGGUUAAUGGUGAUGGUAUCCUGGGGUUAAUGGUGAUGGUAUCCUAGGGUUAAUGGUGAUGGUAUCCUAGGGUUAAUGGUGAUGGUAUCCUAGGGUUAAUGGUAUCCUGGGGUUAAUGGUAUCCUAGGGUUAAUGGUAUCCUAGGGUUAAUGGUAUCCUAGGGUUAAUUGUGAUGGUAUCCUAGGGUUAAUUGAGUAUGCUAGAUCUUGGGGUUUGGUAGCAGGUGUCAUUAAAACACAGCUUUCUGAAUGUACAGGGUGUAAUGUCUUUUAACUCUUAUUUCACCUGCAAUGUAAAUCUACGUAUACAGACUUUUAAUGCUCCUUGUAAAUUAUUUUGUCACUCUUACUAUCCCAUGUCAUGCGCACCAUCCACCUACAUACAAUACAUGGACACAUUGUUAUUCAUACACUUAUUACACACACUCUCCCAAUUCAUCAUUUAUUUAUUUUCUGACCUCUUAAACUAACUGCGGUAGAAAUAUCAGAAUUAUAACACAUAACCAACCGUUUGACAUUACUAACGUCAAUAUCAACCUCCCAUAAAAUAUUCCAUUGGACCAUAUGGAUUCCAGUGAGGAAGCAAUGGUGUGCAUGCUAUAAUUUUGUAAGUUUUUUUUAUGCCAAUAAAAUUAUCUCUGUUUGAA